AUGUCGUCCGACGCCGCGCAAGCAGAGGUCGAGCACCUGCGCAAGCAGGUGGCGGAGCUGCAGACGGAGCUGAAGCGGAAGGAGCAGCAGCUCGACCUCGUGUUUCCGUACUCGCGGUCCUACGGGCGCGUGGACAUCGGGACCAUCACGCGCAGCCCCGAUGGAGGCAAGAGCUUGGCUGGGCGCACGAUGCGCAUCGGCGGGUGGGUGAAGAGUGGCCGCGAGGCCGGCGGCGGAGCGUUCGCGUUCUUGGAAAUCAACGACGGCUCGACUUUCGACAACCUGCAGGCCAUGGUGUCGAAGGAGGUGGCGGAGGCGCACGGCGGGCUGAAGGCGCUGGUGACUACGGGGACGAGCGUGCUGGUGGAGGGGGAGUUGGCAGAGACCCCCGAGGGGAAGAAGCAGGCCGUGGAGCUCAAGGUGACCAAGAUCUGCUGGCUCGGACAGUGCGACGGAGCGACGUAUCCGAUCGCGAAGAAGAAGACGUCGAUGGAGUUCCUGCGCGAGAAGAUCCACCUGCGGCCGCGCACGAACAUGAUCGGCGCGGUCGUGCGCAUCCGCAACGCGCUCGCGUGGGCCACGCACUCGUUCUUCCAGGAGCGCGGGUUCAAGUACAUUCACACCCCCAUCAUCACGUGCUCGGACUGCGAGGGCGCGGGCGAGAUGUUCCAGGUCACGACGCUGCUCUCCAAGGUCAACGAGCUCCGCGCGCUCCCGCACCCGUCCGAGCACGAGCUCACCGCGAAGCGCGAGGCCGUGGACGACCAGGACCGCAUCGUGCGCACGCUGCAAGAGUCGGCCGCCGGGGGCGACAAGAGCGCGAAGAAGAACGUGAAGCGCGCGCAGGAGGCGCUGCGCGUCGCGCGGGAGGGCCUCGCGGAGAUGGAGAAGGCCGCGCUGAUCGAGGGCGGGCUCCCGCGCACCGCCGAGGGCGAGGUGGACUACGCGACCGACUUCUUCGCGCGGCCGGCGUUCCUCACCGUCUCGGGGCAGCUCGAGGGCGAGGUCUACGCGUGCGCGCUGUCCAACGUGUACACCUUCGGCCCUACGUUCCGCGCGGAGAACUCCCACACGUCGCGGCACCUGGCCGAGUUCUGGAUGAUUGAACCGGAGAUGGCGUUCUGCAACCUGGACGACGACAUGGACUGCGCGGAGGACUACGUGCGGCACUGCUGCCGGUACCUCCUCGAGGCGUGCCCCAACGACCUGCAGUUUAUCACGCAGCGCGUGGACAGCACCGCCGUGGAGCGGCUGCGGCUGGUCGCGGAGACGCCGUUCCAGCGCGUGUCGUACACGGAGGCGGUCGAGAUCCUGCAGGCGGCGCAGCAGGGCGGGAAGAAGUUCGAGUUUCCGGUCGGGGAGUGGGGCUUUGAUAUGCACUCGUGUCACGAACGGUACCUGACGGAGGAGCACUUCAAGAUGCCGACGAUCGUGUACAACUACCCGAAGGACAUCAAGGCGUUCUACAUGCGCCUGAACGACGACAACAAGACCGUGGCCGCCAUGGACGUUCUGGUGCCCAAGGUGGGCGAGCUGGUCGGCGGGAGCCAGCGCGAGGAGCGGCUGGACGUGCUGACGCGGCGGAUCGAGGAGGCGAAGAUGCCGCUCGCGCAGUACGAGCAGUACCUCGACCUGCGGCGGUACGGGUCGGUGCCGCACGCCGGGUUCGGGCUGGGCUUCGAGCGGCUGAUUCUGUUCGCGACGGGCAUCGAGAACAUCCGCGACGUGAUUCCGUUCCCGCGCUGGCCCGGGAGGGCGACGUAG